UCCGCACCUGCCAUUAACGUUCAAUUAGCGGCUGAAUAGCGGCCGCCGACACGACGUGCAAAGAAUCCGGCCUGCCCCGGGCAGCGAGGGCGGCGGGCCUGGCCCAAGAGGGUGGGACCGAGGGAGGGGGACGCGGCGUAGCACCCCGGCCUACUCCUCUGGCCCGGAGACCCAGGACCUCGUCCUCACUCCAACUCUCCGAGGGAACGCGGGGAUCUCAGGACCCUCGAGCACAACAUUGCUUGGGGCGCGCCGGGACCCUUAGGAUGCCCCGCUCCCUCUGGGAGUAGAAAGGGGCGGGCUUGCCCCCUACCCAGGACGGAAGGUGGCCGGACGAGCCCCGUCCCAGCUCAGAUGGGCUUCCCCGCCACCUUCCGGACAAAGUGUCAAAUACAAGUUCAAGUUCAGGGCCAGGCCCGAGGGGCGCUGAGCCUUACCCGGCCGCCUUUGUUCUCUGGGAUAAUCGCUCCCACGUCCCCUCCCGGGCGGGGCCCAGAAAAGACCCCCGCCCCGCCCCGCCGCGCCCCGCAGGAGCCUCCUCCUCCCGCCGGCGCGGCGCCUGUCCCCUGGUCCCGGCGUCGCCGCUCGGUACCACCGAAGGAUCUAGGGGCUCGGGCCGGCGUGGAGGGAGGGGGGCUGCGGAGGGGAGUGGAGGCGCGAUACGAGCCCGUGGGAGCCUCCCCAGCCCCUCAGUCCCAGCGGCAAACUGUGCUUGGUCGGACGGAUGCCCGCGCGGAGAUCCAUUUCUAGAGACUUCCUGUUGAAGAACAAGACAGAGGAAAAUUCCUGGGUUGAGUCCCUCUGAAAAAUCAACAGGGCAACAGGUUUCUUCUUUGUGGUACUACUCUGGCAUCCGAAAGGAGGCCUGGUUGGCAGAGGCUUGGAAAGGGAGAGGAGGGUUGAGGUGAUGAGGUCAGAGGAGGAGGUGAGGAAGGGACUUUUGUUGAAUUUUAUUCAACAUGGAACUGGAGGCCUUUUCUGGAAUUAGAAAGACUGCUUCUGCCGCCCAGUCACUUCCCAAACUGAGGUGGCAGGGAUGGUGUGGAUGGCAGUGGGGUCGGGGGUAGUGUCAAGCCUGUUUCUCCCAAGUUGAAGGGAGGAGGAAGGCAGGAGCCUCAAGCCCUGUCUUAAUUCAGAGCACUUUGAAAAGUAUGUAUUUUUUUCUUAUUUCCAUAACAAUACACUUGUUGAGAAAAAUUAAAAAUUUCACAAAAGCAUAAAAAGAGAAUAUCUCCUGCAGUGCACACCUAAGAUGGAAUUGAGUGCAGUGCACACAUUGCCUAUGUGACAAGAAGCUGAGCACGGGCAACCAGGAGCUGGGUUUGGGGCAGGGGGAAGAGGGUAAGGGAUGGGACACAUGUACUUUUUCAUUUAUAUCCUUGUCUAUUGUUUGAAUCUUUAUCAGGAAAGUGUAAAAUAAAACCAAGUUAAAAUAGCAUAUACUACAACAUUUUUCUCUUUUUUUCCUUCCUUCCUUCC